UGAAUGUGGAAAUAUAGUGAAAUUAAAGGUGUUGAAAGUCGUGUCAGGUGCUCAUUGUGACUUUUUUUCUUUACACAGCUGAAGAACUUGCACUGCGUGUUUGCCUUGCUGAUGAGGCUCUGCAGUGGAACCUGAUCGGGGUUUUUUUCCAUUCAUAGAGGUACGAUGGAUCAAGCCAGGAUGACAGUAACAAAAAUAUUCAACGGGACUGAAGGCUCCUACACGCGCUUCCUCACCCAGAACAUGGAGGAAGACUCCAGCCACGUGGAGAUGAAGCUGUCCUCUGAUAUGGAUGAGGAGGUUGGAGGGAAUGGAGUGGUGGAUAACGGAAAAAUCAAUCACACUCGUCCGUCCUACGUCAAAAGGACAUCUGGUCUGUGCAGUCCCAGAAACAUCUGCAUAGCUGCAACUGUGGCUCUGCUCAGCUGCUUCCUGAUUGGACUUUUGGUCGGCUCUACUGUGUAUAAAAAGACAACCGAAGUGGCUUCAAGCUCCUGCACAACUCCCGAUUCGGCUUCUGCUGACAGUGACGUGAUUCCAAGAGAAACGGUUCCCACUCUUGACUGGAGUGACAUCAAGGCUUUGCUGAAACGCAAACUGACUACAAGUGGCAUUGAAAGGAGCCUCAACGAAUUCUCCAGUGAAGCUCAUCAAGCAGGAUCCCCAGGAGAUGAGAUACUUGCCAGUAAGGUGUUGACAAAAUUCAAGGAUAAUGGCAUGGACACGUGGAUGGAUACACACUUUGUUAAGGUCCAGGAUCUUCCUAAAAGUCGCACGAACAAAGUGACGUUCCGUGGCCAGACGUUUUCCGAACCUGGCUAUUUGUCUUACAGUGCAACCGGAACAGCACAGGGUGCAAUUGUGUAUGCGUAUUAUGGACGAGAUGAAGACUUGAGGCAACUGCAAGACUAUAUUGACGUGAAAGGAAGGGUCCUCCUGGUCCGUGCUGGAAAAAAUAGUUAUGCUGAGAAGGUUGCUAAUGCUGUCAAGGGGAACGCAAGUGCAGUGCUGAUCUACCCCGACCCUGCUGACUACUCAUUUAGCGAGGACACUUCCUUGCUUGGCCAUGUCCAUCUUGGCUCUGGUGAUCCGUACACUCCAGGUUUCCCAUCUUUCAACCACACCCAGUUUCCUCCAGCUACAUCUUCAGGCCUGCCAAACAUACCUGCCCAGACCAUCAGAGCCAGUACAGCUGCAGCCAUCAUGAGGGAAAUGGGAGGUCGCAGUCCUCCUCAUGGAUGGGCUGAUGGAGGUCUGCAAGAGUACAAGCUCGGGAGUAUUAAUGACACCGUCUCCGUGGAGGUGAACAACGUCCUCAGUGAGAUCCAAAUCCACAACGUGUUUGGGGUCAUUAAGGGUUUGGCAGAUCCAGAUCGUUAUGUGGUGAUUGGCGCUCAGAGAGAUGCCUGGGGUCCUGGAUUUGCUAAAUCUACUGUUGGCACUAGUUUGCUGAUUGAGUUAGCCAGAGUUUUUGCCAGCAUGAUUCAUGAAGAUGGAUUCAAACCCAGGAGGAGCAUCGUGUUUGCCAGUUGGAGUGCUGGAGAAUACGGGGCUGUGGGUGCCACUGAGUGGCUAGAGGGUUAUUUGCCUUCUUUGAGUAUGAAAGCCUUCUCUUACAUCAGCCUGGAUGGAGUUGUCACAGGUUCUUUUUUUAAAGCAAGUGCAAGCCCACUGAUGUAUGACCUGAUCCAGAGUACUUUAAAAGAGGUAUUUUUACCCACUGACUCCAGCAGGAGUUUAUUCACACAAGUGUCAGCAUCCAACUGGGAGGCGGAUGUGAUGGAGCCGAUGAAGAUGGAUGAUCCCGUCUAUCCAUUCCUGACCUUCUCCGGCAUCCCUUCAGUCUCUUUCCGAUUCACUCAUGAUAAACCAUACCCGUUCUUUGGUACCUUGCUGGACACCAGGAAGAAUCUGGAGAGUAAAGUGUCAAACGUGCCCCUGCUGGCCAAGACUGCAGGUGAGGUAGCAGGUCAGAUGGCUCUUCGGCUGGUACACGAUCAUCUGCUGAGACUGAACACUGAAAAGUACCUCACCAUCAUGCGCAUACGAGUGAGCAAAAUCAAUAAGCACAUGAUGAGUCUGCAAAAGAGUGGUCGUCUUCCAAAGACCCUGGAGAUGAAGUGGAUCAUGUCGGCUGUAGGUUCCUAUGGUCGUGCUUCCAGAAGUCUCUUCACCACCAUCCAGAACAGUGACCUUGAUGAUCUGGAGCAGUGUCGCAUCAUCAAUGACCGCAUCAUGGGGGUGGAAAGAGAUCUGCUGUCUCCUUACGUCUCUGUCCAGACCACACCGUUCAGGCACAUAUUGCUUGGUUCUGGAUUGUGCACUCUGCAAGACAUACUCCAACAACUGACUGCAAUCAAAGAAGGAACAGCCAGCGCUGACGUCGACCUGCUGAAAAAUCAGUUCGCUCUGACCACCUGGACGAUCCAGAGCUGCGCUAAUGCACUCGCAGGCAACGUGUGGGACAUGGACAAUGAAAUUUAGGUGAAAAAAGUUUGACUUGGAUUCUAAAGAGAAGCUUCAGAUUAAAACUCCAGUCCCUUUGCGUAAUGAAUUGCACUCCACCGGUCUGUUAGGAUGCCUUAAAGUGACACUGGGCUAUAUUUCAACCAAAAGCUUGCUUGAGUUAACAAGUGAUUGGUCAUUCCUACCUCCGUUCCAGUGUAUUCGUGUGAACGAGGCAAGCAAACAUCACCACAACUCAUGAUGGAGCUGUUCACAUCCAUGACAGCUUUUUUUUUUUUUUCUUACUGUAAAUCAAAUGAAAAUUACUGCUACAAAAAGAUCCGAUCAAGGUUGGUGCUUAUUUUUUUUUAAUUUAUUUAAUUUUUUUGGGUUGAAAUAUAGAACAGUGUCAUAAGAUAAACAUGCUCUCUAGAAUAAAAAGAAGCAGCCAUAAAAAUAUAUAUAUAUACGCCAAAAGUCAAACCUGGUGCUUGAUGAAUAUGUAGUUCUAAUUACCUCAUGCAGUAUUCACCUGAACAAAUACAGCAAACGAAGAAGGCCAAGCUACAAAGGUUUAGCUUAGUUUUUUAGAAAAAAAAAACACAACACGGGGUCGAGUUUACUAUUAGAAAAUUCACAUUUUAAUUAAUUUAUUUGAUCUAAUCCUGUUCGUAAACACCUUGUAUUUCAAAGCUGGUGAUUUUCACAAAAAUUUCAGUGCAUUUUAACUCAAAGCACCAAGCCUCUUAACAUUUCAGUUAGAGGUAGUUCAUGUCCGAGAAUUGUGUUUUUUGAAGAGGAAAAAAAAAAUCCGAAGCUGUUACUCUGAGCUGAACACCGGCUUCACAACGUGGCACUGAGAUCUCGUAUUUAUUUAUUUAUUUAUCAGUGACAGGGUUCACUAUAAAUAGUGUUUUGUACCACUUUUUUAAAGAAUAUGUGUAAUUAUCGGAAGCAGUGCCUUCCAUAAUUAUGACAGUUAUACUGUCGAAAUAACAAAAGCAGCAUCUGCUACGGAGGCGAGGCUCAUUUCUGAAAAACACACACACAAAGAAUGAAGUCAUCACAACCAAGAACCGUCACACUGCAUGGUUCGGUGCGGAGUCACACACUCUAAUGUUGUCAUUGGAACCAGUGAUUGACGUGAUAUCAGGGGAGAGACACACACACACACACACUAGCUGACUCGUCUCUGGUGUCUCUUUUUUUAACUAUAUUCUUGACCAUUAUCGGGAGCAGCGUCUCCCAUAAUGCAAGUGAAGUCGAUGGUAGUUUUUGCCUACCAGCGUGUUGAUAUCGAGAGCAGGGCCUCUCAUAUUUCACUGUAUGGUGGAUGUUAAUUAUCGGGAACAGUGUUUCUCAUAAUGUUGUAUAUAUUACCUGCAUACACAGUGCAGUCAGCUUGAUUAAAAAAGCCUCCUGCGUUUCAGCUGCUAGUGCUUUCUUUCUUUAUCCUGUUUUUAAUUUUUUUUAAUCAUGUGAAUAGAAAGUAGCAACAGAUCUGAUCAAUCAUGCAGGCAAUAGAAAUAAAUCUACAUUUAUGAUGGGCAUUUUACAUAAUUCUAUAAUAUGCAUGUGCUUUUCAGCUUUUUUAAAUUUAUUUUUCUUGUUUGUGCCUUAUGAUCUGAAAAGCUUAAUUUUCUGGGAAAGAAUAUUUUCUCCAUAAUAAGUCUGUUCAACAGGUCAGAAUAAGUUCUUCAUUCAAGUCACAUAAUCAAAUUGAAGCUGGAAAUUUAUUUGACACAAAAUUAAGCUGCAGCUAACAAUCCUUUUUAAACCAUUUCAGCUCAAUCUAAGAAAGACGAACUGCAGAUUUUUCUUAAUAUAAAAUCUACUUACUUGCGCUCCAGCACUUCAGAGUUGUAAACCUGUUUGUCUUCAGCAACGUCAAAUGCAUAAACUGUUUAAUGCAAUAAAUAUGUAUACCUUA